CUCCAGCGUCCGACGAUGAAGGCAGCACGGCGGCGACGGACGGCUCAACCCUUCGCACGUCCCCAGCCGAGCACGGCGGCAGCGUGGGCUCCGAGAGCGGCGGCAGCGCCGUGGACUCGGUGGCUGGCGAGCACAGUGUGUCUGGCCGUAGCAGUGCCUAUGGGGACACAACAGCUGAGGGCCACCCUGCUGGACCAGGCAGUGUCAGCUCGAGCACAGGUGCUAUAAGCACUACUACAGGCCAGCAAGAAGGAGAUGGAUCAGAAGGAGAAGGCGAGGCUGAAGGAGAUGUCCACACCAGCAACAGGCUGCACAUGGUCCGGCUGAUGCUACUGGAGAGGCUGCUGCAAAACUUGCCCCAGUUGAGGAACGUUGGAGGAGUCCGUGCCAUUCCUUACAUGCAGGUUAUUCUGAUGCUCACGACAGACCUAGAUGGAGAUGAUGAGAAAGACAAGGGAGCUUUGGAUAACCUUCUGUCUCAGCUCAUUGCAGAACUGUGCAUGGACAAAAAGGAUGUGUCUAAGAAAAAUGAGCGUUCUCCUGUGAACGAAGUCCAUUUGGUGGUGAUGAGACUGCUCAGUGUGUUCAUGUCAAGAACUAAGUCAGGAUCCAAGUCUUCCAUUUGUGAGUCUUCUUCCCUCAUCUCUAGUGCCACCGCUGCCGCGUUGCUGAGCUCUGGUGCCGUUGACUACUGCCUUCAUGUGCUGAAGUCCCUGCUCGAGUACUGGAAAAGCCAGCAGAACGACGAGGAGCCUGUAGCCUCCAGCCAGCUCCUGAAACCUCACACUACUUCUUCUCCACCUGACAUGAGCCCAUUUUUCCUCCGCCAGUAUGUCAAGGGUCAUGCUGCAGAUGUUUUUGAGGCCUACACUCAGCUUCUGACCGAGAUGGUCCUGCGGCUGCCCUAUCAGAUCAAGAAGAUUGCAGACACAAACUCCCGCAUCCCACCCCCCAUCUUCGAUCACUCCUGGUUCUACUUUUUGUCUGAGUACCUGAUGAUCCAGCAGACUCCAUUUGUGCGCCGCCAAGUCCGCAAGCUUUUGCUUUUUAUCUGUGGAUCGAAGGAGAAAUACCGGCAGCUCCGAGACCUUCACACCUUGGACUCUCAUGUUCGGGGAAUUAAAAAGCUGCUAGAAGAGCAAGGCAUUUUCCUUCGGGCCAGUGUAGUCACAGCAAGUUCAGGCUCUGCCCUGCAGUAUGAUACAUUGAUCAGCCUGAUGGAACAUUUAAAGGCUUGUGCAGAGAUCGCCACACAGCGAACAGUAAACUGGCAAAAAUUCUGCAUUAAAGAUGACUCGGUUCUUUAUUUCCUCCUUCAAGUCAGCUUCCUGGUAGAUGAAGGAGUGUCACCAGUUCUCCUGCAGCUGCUGUCCUGUGCUCUGUGUGGCAGUAAAGUGCUGUCUGUGACUUCAUCUUCGGGAUCGUCCAGCACCUCUUCCACCUCUGCUCCUGCAGCAUCAGGCUCCGGGCAGCCAGUGACACAGAGCAAAUCCUCCACUAAGAAGAGCAAGAAAGAAGAAAAGGAAAAGGAGCGAGAGGGUGAGAGCUCAGGCAGUCAGGAGGACCAGCUGUGCACUGCUCUGGUGAACCAGCUGAACAAGUUUGCAGAUAAGGAAACCCUCAUCCAGUUCCUGCGCUGCUUCUUGCUGGAGUCCAACUCGUCCUCGGUGAGGUGGCAGGCGCACUGCCUCGCGCUGCACAUCUACAGGAACUCUAACAAGUCCCAGCAAGAGUUACUCUUGGAUCUCAUGUGGUCAAUCUGGCCAGAACUUCCAGCCUACGGAAGAAAGGCUGCCCAGUUUGUAGACCUCUUGGGAUACUUCUCUCUGAAAACGCAGCAGACGGAGAAAAAGUUGAAGGAAUAUUCCCAAAAGGCUGUGGAGAUUCUCCGGACUCAAAACCACAUUCUUACCAAUCACCCCAACUCCAAUAUUUACAACACUCUCUCUGGACUGGUGGAAUUUGAUGGCUAUUAUCUGGAGAGUGAUCCUUGCCUGGUCUGCAACAAUCCGGAGGUGCCUUUCUGCUACAUCAAGCUGUCCUCCAUUAAAGUGGACACGCGGUACACCACCACCCAGCAAGUGGUGAAGCUCAUCGGCAGCCACACCAUCAGCAAGGUGACGGUGAAGAUAGGAGACCUGAAACGCACCAAAAUGGUCCGAACCAUCAACCUCUAUUACAACAACCGGACGGUGCAAGCCAUAGUGGAGCUGAAGAACAAGCCGGCCCGUUGGCACAAAGCCAAAAAAGUCCAGCUGACCCCAGGCCAGACAGAGGUGAAGAUUGAUUUGCCGCUGCCCAUCGUGGCUUCCAACCUGAUGAUCGAAUUUGCUGAUUUCUACGAGAAUUACCAAGCUUCCACAGAGACCCUGCAGUGCCCUCGAUGCAGCGCGUCCGUGCCGGCCAACCCGGGCGUGUGUGGGAACUGCGGCGAGAACGUGUACCAGUGCCACAAGUGCAGAUCCAUUAAUUACGAUGAGAAGGAUCCCUUCCUUUGCAACGCUUGUGGCUUCUGUAAAUACGCUCGCUUUGACUUCAUGCUGUACGCCAAGCCCUGCUGUGCAGUGGAUCCUAUAGAGAACGAAGAGGAUCGAAAGAAGGCAGUAACAAAUAUCAACACCCUCCUGGACAAGGCGGACAGAGUGUAUCACCAGCUAAUGGGACACCGACCGCAGCUGGAAAACCUGCUGUGUAAAGUGAACGAGGCAGCUCCUGAAAAGCCCCAGGAUGAGUCUGGCAGUAGUGGAGGGAUCAGCUCUACCUCAGCUAGUGUGAAUAGAUACAUACUCCAGUUGGCCCAGGAGUACUGUGGUGACUGUAAGAACUCUUUUGAUGAACUUUCUAAAAUCAUCCAG